ACCAUGGCUUCAUUUUCGCGUGACAUGCUACGCAAAAUUUGACAAAAAAAUUGUAAUUGCAACACGUUUUACUUCUCAGCUGAUGUAUCUGGCACGAUACGUUUCUUAUACAGCGGAAAAGUCGACUAUAUCAAACGAUGACGGCUCUUGUUGCAAGAAAUAUGAAUUCCCACGGAAUGGUUUUUUGGUUGGUUUAAUUUGGUACAAAUUUGGUGCUUUGUGUCAGGUGGCAUAUAACAUUUAAUAUACCUUUCUAAGAUGAGGUUUUCUAUAGAUUGGCGAAAGAGAUUGCCAAUUCUUAAAUGGCUGCCUCACUAUUCUCUGAGUAAAUUACAGAACGAUUUUAUUGCUGGUGUUACAGUUGGUCUGAUGGUGAUUCCACAGGGUUUGGCAUAUGCAAGUAUUGCAGAGCUACCACCACAAUAUGGUCUGUACAGCUCAUUCAUGGGUGGAUUUGUGUACUGUCUUUUCGGUUCAAGCAAAGACAUAACCCAAGGUCCAACGGCCAUCAUGUCGCUGAUGGUAGCAUCCCACUCGGCAGAAUACAAGUUCUCAAAGCAUGACUAUGCUAUAGCGUUGAGUUUUCUCUGUGGACUUAUAUGGUUAUUAAUGGGCUUUCUUUCUCUUGGGUUCAUUGUCCGUAUUAUGCCAUUGCCUGUAAUAAGCGCUUUCACGUCUUCUGCGGCAAUAACCAUUGCAGGUGGACAGGUUAAGAACCUUCUCGGCUUAUCGGACAUACCUCGAGAAUUUUUCCCAUGCAUGACCAAAAUAUUCUCAAACAUUGGCGAAACAAAUCACUGGGAUUUAAUUCUAAGUUUAAUAUGCAUUGUUUUGUUGGAAUUGCUACGUUUCAUGAGGCCGGUUGAAUUACCGUCGGAAUAUUAUGAUUCACCGCCCACUGGUUUGCAAAAGGUUUCCCGGAAAUUUUUAUGGAUUGUAUGCACCGCUAGAAAUGCACUAAUUGUUUUUGCAAGUGGUUUGGUGGCUUUAGCAUUUUAUCGAAAAAGUCUAACACCUUUUACAUUGACAGGCAAAGUGGAGGAGGGUCUGCCUGAUUUUGAGGUACAAUACUACUGUACAUGCAUGUUGUUUGAUUGAGUCAGCAUUGACAGCAGUGGCGGAAAUUCACUUUUUCCAGUGCGGGGGGAUGGGCCUCCUAAAUUUCUUGACAAAACUCUUAAAUUACAUACUCUUAUUUGCACUUCUGUUGAAAAGACUGUUUUGUGAACUUCUUUAGGUAAAAAUUUCCAAAAUCUGCCAAUCUUCGUGAAGGCCACGCCCCACCAAGAUUUCCACCACUGAUCAUAUAGGGAGUGAUCUAAAGUUAGGAGGAACAAUUAAUGGGAAAACUGAACUCGUAGCAUUAGUGGUUAUUAUAAAUUUACUAAAUGGCAAAUUGGUAGAAACUAUGAAGAUUGUGGAUUGAUAGGGAUACAAUACCUGAAAAAAAAACAAGGUAUUUGUAUCCCUAUCAAUCCACAGAUUUUUUAGUAUCGUCACUAUCUACACUUGGCACAGACCAUUUAAGAUUGCAGUAUUUGGUAGAAACCAUGUUUAUCCCAAUAAGUUGCAUUGUGCCCUGGACAGUGUCAUUUCAGAAAACACCAUUAAGUAUGUAUCUCCCCCAGGGAUGGAUUUACUGGGGGAGUGUGUGGGGAGGGGGGGAGGGUGCACCUCCUACGGGCCCCUAGCCCUGGCUAGAGGGGGUGCUAUUUUUCAUGAUAAAGCAAAAAAUUAUCAGAGGCAAAAUGAGAUACAGUAAUUUGAGUAAUAACAUGAUGAUAAGUGAACUGUGAACAACAAUUACAAUUCAAUACAGUACAACUGUAAGCAAGUCACGCAAGUUGAUGGGCGGGUGGUACACAUGACCGACACAACUCGGCACCAGACCUGGCAGAGCACCCUACCAGUUCAUGCUGAACCCAUUCCUGACAUAAUACAGAGUGAACAAUAACACAAGUGAACACAACAUAACACUUGCAGACAGAUAAACUGGAAGUUAAUUUAAACUCCCUACCACAUUUAGACAUCCUAAUACACUUACUGUACUAUUAUCAGAAACAAAUUCCUGUACACUUUGCCUCCAGACGGCAAAAAUUUCCUCCAUGGGGGGAGUGUGGCCGGACCUUUGGUAGAAUGGUCUAUUGCCUUCCCAGGGCAAUCACUGUACCAACCACGCAUACUGGCCAUUGGGUAGAGCCCUAAUCGCUCACCUUCACUGCACAUAACAUAGGCAACUUGUUGUAAAUUUAAACCCUUCAAAAAGAUUACAAACAGCCAAUUUGUUUAUGUAGUAGAUCUCAGUUUUGGUGAACAUUUGGAAGGUUUUGUCAGAAAUUAGGUUUUGCCCCAUUGCCAAUGUCACUUGACAGAUCAAGUUGUUUUGUGUUAAAAAAGAGUAAUGUAUCGCUACUAUAGUCUGCUUUGGGUAAGCUAAGUUAGGGUUUGGGUUUAGUCCAACUGGUGAUCCGGUCCAUCCUUAUAGUUUAAACCUUCCUGAGGCUGAGUAAAAUAGUACAGUAGAGAUUAUGAACUUUUAUAGUUAACUAAAAUUCCAAAUUAAUAUUUUUUUAUACAUAGUUUCCCCAUCUGAAAUCGCACAAUAAGAACACAACGAUAUCUACACUUGGCAUGAUUUCGGACAUAGGUACAGGUUUCAUUAUUAUACCAAUCAUCGGCUUUGUUGAAGACAUUGUGAUUGCUCAGGCGUUUGCAAGGAAAAACCAUUAUGAAGUGGAUGCUACGCAGGAAUUGAUUUCCAUUGGUGUGGCUAACAUUGCUAACUCCUUCGUUUCUGGUUAUCCUAUAACUGGCAGUUUCUCACGGACAGCAGUCAAUGCCUCGAGUGGAGUUGCUACGCAAUUUGGAGGUAUGAACUACAUUCGUGUGCUGAAGAAUACCACAUCUUCUCAAUUUAGCCCCCAGCCAAAUUUAACAUAAGGUGUGACCAGAUUUGGAAAGUAUACAAUAUAAUAGAAUUGAUAAGAUUGGAAUAGAUUAGUAUUCUGAUUAUAAAUUAUUAGAAUAUUAGAACACAACAGAAUAGGGAGAAUUUUACUUGACAAACUUUAAAAUAAUUUUACAGUAUACACAAUUACAUAUUGAAAUAGGAUGCUUGUGAUGUUACCCUAACUCUGAGUGUGUAUUCACACCGGGCAGACUUGAAAAAUAUGCCUGGCCACGGUGGGAAUCGAACCUACGACCUUUGGAAUACUAGCCCAAUGCUCUGCCAACUGAGCUACGCGGUCAGGUCGGUUCGAGAUGCGAUAUUUCGGAUCUGAGUCUAGUUCCUUCGAUAUCGGUGUAAUCAUGAUAUUUGUUGUGUUGGUGUAGUGUACUCAGGUGAAUAAGAUGCUUGUGAUAUUACUCUGAGUGUGUAUCCACACCGGGCAGACUUGAAAAAUAUGCCUGUCCACGGUGGGAAUCGAACCUACGGCCCUUGGAAUACUAGCCCAAUGCUCUGCCGACUGAGCUACGCGGUCAGGUCGGUUCGAAGGAACUAGACUCAGUUCCGGAAUAUCGCAUCUCGAACCGACCUGACCGCGUAGCUCAGUUGGCAGAGCAUUGGGCUAGUAUUCCAAAGGUCGUAGGUUCGAUUCCCACCGUGGCCAGGCAUAUUUUCCAAGUCUGCCCGGUGUGGAUACACACUCAGAGUAACAAACACAAGCAUCUUUAUUCACCCGAGUACACUACACCAACACAACAAAUAUCUUGAAACAGGAUAGCUAGUUAUACGACCAUCCUGAAUUCGAAAAUUACCCAAUUUUCUCAGUAUUUCCCAACAUCCGAAAAUUGCCAUUAAUACAUUAUGUAUAAUAUCCAUUUCGAAGACGAUCGAAGUUCUUAUGGCUCGUUUACACUCGCAAUUUUUGCUGGGAGUUUCUUUUUCUGAAUUCUGAUGGAUGUGAACGAGUGGACAAGUUAUGAAUGUUCAGAUAAGGGUGCAUGCAUGUACUCCGAACAUUCGUAACUCAUCAACUCAUUAACAUGCAUCAGGAGAAAAUCGCAGCAAAAAUUGCACUUCUAAACGGGCCUUUACUCUUUACUCUCUUGUCCAACACAUCAUUUAAAAGAAUCGAAAUGAACUUUGAAAAAGUUCAGUUAUUUUUCUUAUUUUAACUUAUUUGGUUAUUAUAUUCACUAUAUUUUAGUCUAUAAUAAUCAUUGUGCUUGUGGAAAAAGUCGUAGAUAUGGGUAUAAAUAUAACCGCUAUUGUCAGCCUCGUACCUAGGGGAUGAGAGUGUUCUUAGAGGUAACCUGUAUAUUUUAUUUUCCUUUAGGCGUAUUCACUGGUUGUGUUGUUUUAUUAGCUCUGAGUGUAUUAACACCAUUCUUCAAAUAUAUCCCCAAAGCAUCCUUGUCGUCAAUAAUUAUCAUGGCAAUCCUACGAAUGGUCGAUUUCCGGAUAGUGAAACGAAUUUGGCGAACUAGCAGGAUAGACCUUGUAACAUUCUUUGUGACAUUUUUUGCCUGCUUCUACCAAUUGGAUGUCGGUAUAUUAUGUGGUGUCGUGGUGGCUAUGGUUGUAUUCUUGUAUCGCCGUCUUGUUCCAGAAGUCGAAAUCCAAGGGGAGAUUAAUGGUCGAUGUCAUUUUAAAUUACUUGGUGGUUUAACUUACGUUGGUGUUGAUUAUCUUACUUCUAAAGUAAGGGAGAAAGCGUUAGUUGAUAAUGGACCUACUGUUGUCAUUUUCGAUUGUUCCACGAUGUUUGAAUGUGAUUUUACCGUGACAGAAGGAUUGGUCCAGUUAUAUUUCGAAUGCAGGGAUCGUGAAAUAAAGCUCAUAUUCUAUAGUGUGCGAAAGGAUGUUAAAGAAAUGUUACUAAACGCUGGCUUGCCUGAUGACUUAUUUAAAUCUGAGUUAAAUGGAGAACUUUGUGGUUUGUUAAAUACAUGAUAGGAAUUUUAGUGAAAACAAUGCUAUAUAUAACUAGUUCUUUCUUACGUAAGCGGAACAUUAGUCAUGUGAUUUUCAGUUUUGACACAUAGUUCCUUAUAGUCAAAUAUUCAUAACUUCGUCAAUAAUUAGAUAGAAAAGAAGGUAAAAGCUGAGAAUGAAUGCUGAAUGCAUCUUCCCUUAAUUAUUUUUCCUAUAAUGCGUGCACCCUUUAAUUUGCGUAAUGUCACAAAUAUGUCAGUCAAAUCAAUGAGUGACUGGACAACUGAUUACUUACAUUUUAUUGUGUUAUAAAGUUAUGCUUUUUACAAUUAAUUAUUUGAACAAUAGAUAAUUGUUUGAUGGUAACUGCAUAAAUUACGUGGUGUGCACACCAUGGUUGUUUACCAUUUACAUGGAAAUUCCGGUGAUUCCAUAUGGAAAGUAAAUGGAACAAGCAUAUUUCGACGGCCCAACCGGAACUUUUCCGGAAUAAACGGUUUGUUUGAAAAGGUUGUCCUCUCUUACCGAUUGGAAAGUUUCAACCGGUAAAUGUUGUUCCAUUUACACUUUUUAAAUUUUUUUCACCAGUUCCAGGCUCUUCGCGAUUUAACAAUUGAAAUUAUUAAAUGGAAAGCGAAUAAUCCGAAUGGGAUUUUCUAUCCGAAAUUUUGCUUACCAUUAGCACAAUUUCAAACCGGAUGGGUUUUACAUGUAAAUGGUAAACAACCCAUGUAUACUUGGUGGUGAUUAAUAUUAGUGAAUUGAUGUUGAUGGAUUGAUGAUAAUACAACAUUCGAUAUUUAUGAACUUUUGUAAUAAAUUAUGUAAUAAAUGCAAUUUCGGUAAUUAAAAGUGAAUUACGAGUAAUAUUUUCGAAA